ACCCCACUCGAAACAUCACAACCAAACCCACCAAAAUUCUCUCUUCUUUUGUUUCCUAAGAAAGUUAUCAAAUAGUUAAUCAUGUUGGGCAAGAUUGUGGAUGCUAUCACUGGAAAAGAUGAUGGGAAAAAAGUGAAAGGAACAGUAGUGUUGAUGAAAAAGAAUGUUUUGGACUUCACUUCCGUAAAUGCCUCUUUUCUUGAUGGAGUUCUUGAGUUUCUUGGUCAGAAGGUCUCUUUUCAAUUGAUCAGUAGUUCUGUUCAUGAAAAUGGUUUAGAAGGGAAACGCAGCAAUCCAGCAUACUUAGAGAACUGGCUUACAAACAUCACUCCAAUAGUAGCAGGUGAAUCAACUUUUAGUGUUACAUUUGACUGGGAUCAUGAGGAGUUUGGAAUCCCAGGAGCAUUCAUUAUCAAGAAUUCACAUCAUAGUGAAUUCUUUCUCAAGUCGCUCACCCUUGAAGAUGUUCCUAAUCAUGGCAAAAUUCAUUUUGUCUGUAAUUCCUGGGUUUAUCCUGCUUCUAAAUACAAGACAGACCGCAUUUUCUUCGUGAAUCAGGCGUAUCUCCCAAGUGAAACACCAGAACCGUUGCGAAAACACAGAGAAAAUGAACUAGUAACCUUAAGAGGAGGUGGAACUGGAAAGCUUGAGGAAUGGGACAGGGUUUAUGACUAUGCUUAUUACAAUGACUUGGGUGAUCCUGACAAAGGUGAAGAGUUUGCUAGGCCUGUCCUAGGAGGAUCCUCUGAGUACCCAUAUCCUCGUAGAGGCAGGACAGGCCGUGAACCAACCAAAACAGAUCCUAAUACCGAGAGCAGGAUCCCAUUGCUUAUGAGCUUAGACAUAUAUGUGCCAAGGGACGAGCGAUUUGGACAUGUGAAGAUGUCAGACUUCUUGACAUUUGCUUUGAAAUCUAUUGUUCAGUUGCUCCUCCCUGAGUUUAAGGCUUUAUUUGAUAGCACACCUAAUGAAUUUGAUAGCUUUGCGGAUGUACUUAAACUCUAUGAAGGAGGAAUCAAGUUGCCUCAAGGGCCUUUGUUGAAAGCCAUUACUGAUAGUAUUCCUUUGGAGAUACUAAAACAACUCCUCAAUUCUGAUGGUGAAGGCCUACUUAAGUACCCAACUCCUCAGGUUAUUCAAGAGGAUAAAACUGCAUGGAGGACGGAUGAAGAGUUUGGGAGAGAAAUGCUGGCGGGAGUCAAUCCUGUCAUAAUUAGUAGACUCCAAGAAUUUCCUCCAAAAAGCAAGCUGGAUCCUAAAAUAUAUGGCAACCAGAAUAGUACAAUUACCAGAGAGCAAAUAGAGGAUAAAUUGGAUGGACUAACCGUUGAUGAGGCAAUCAAGACUAACAGGAUAUUCAUAUUGAAUCACCAUGACACCCUUAUGCCAUAUUUGAGGAGAAUAAACACGACAACAAACACAAAAACCUAUGCCUCAAGAACUUUGCUCUUUUUGCAAGAUAAUGGAACCUUGAAGCCACUAGCAAUUGAACUAAGCUUGCCACAUCCAGAUGGAGAUCAAUUUGGUGCUGUUAGCAAAGUGUAUACACCAGCUGAUCAAGGAGUUGAGGGUUCUAUCUGGCAGUUGGCCAAAGCCUAUGCAGCAGUGAAUGAUUCGGGCGUGCAUCAACUCAUUAGUCACUGGUUAAAUACACACACAGUGAUCGAGCCAUUUGUGAUUGCAACAAAUAGGCAACUAAGUGUGCUUCACCCCAUUCAUAAGCUUCUCCUUCCUCAUUUUCGUGACACAAUGAACAUAAACGCUUUAGCAAGACAAAUCUUGAUCAAUGGUGGUGGACUUCUUGAGUUGACUGUUUUUCCUGCCAAAUAUUCCAUGGAAAUGUCAUCCGUAAUUUACAAAGACAACUGGACUUUUCCUGAACAAGCACUUCCUGCUGAUCUCAUCAAAAGGGGAGUGGCUGUUGAGGACUCGAGCUCCCCACAUGGCAUUCGCUUACUAAUUCAAGACUACCCAUAUGCUGUUGAUGGGUUGGAAAUCUGGUCAGCAAUCAAAAAUUGGGUAACAGAAUAUUGCAACUUCUAUUACAAAUCAGAUGAAUCGGUACAGAAAGACAGUGAACUCCAAGCCUGGUGGAAGGAACUCCGCGAACAAGGACAUGGUGACAAGAAAGAUGAGCCCUGGUGGCCUAAAAUGCAAACUCGACAAGAGCUCAUAGAUUCUUGCACCAUCACGAUAUGGAUAGCUUCAGCACUUCAUGCAGCAGUCAAUUUUGGGCAGUACCCUUAUGCUGGUUAUCUCCCUAAUCGCCCUACAUUAAGCCGGAAUUUCAUGCCAGAGCCAGGAAGUGAUGAGUAUGAAGAGCUCAAGAAAAAUCCAGACAAGGUAUUCCUCAAAACAAUCACUCCUCAGCUGCAGACACUGAUUGGAAUUUCUCUCAUAGAGCUCUUGUCAAGGCAUGCUUCGGAUACUCUUUACCUUGGACAGAGGGACUCACCUGAAUGGACAAAGGAUCAAGAACCACUUUCAGCUUUUGAGAGGUUUGGAAAGAAGCUGAGUGACAUAGAGAAUCAAAUUAUGCAGAUGAAUGGUGAUGAGAAAUGGAAGAACAGAUCAGGGCCAGUUAAAGUUCCAUAUACCUUGCUCUUCCCCACAGGCGAAGAGGGACUCGCUGGCAAAGGAGUUCCUAAUAGUGUGUCAAUAUAGUACUUUAAUUCAACUUAAAGUAUUAUUGAAGUUCUUGAUAUUCCCAAUAAUAUUACCAAAUAAGCUCUUUGUUCCAAAGAAAGUUCUAGUUUCAGUUAAAUGGGUUUAAUGUUGUCGGAUCUCCGUUCUUUAAGUAAUGCAUAUGUGUCUAAAAAAGCCCCGUUCUAGCUUGUGUUGAUUCAGAAUAAGGAAGUGAAGUAAUAGAGUACUAUAUUUUAUAUCCAUAA